UUACGUAUCCGAUGUCUGAACAUGAGCAAAGGAUCCAGUCGCGUCGAUGUAGAUUCAACAAAUACAUCAUCGACGAUCCUUCGGCGUCGUAGUCUCCUCCUCCGCUGAACAAGAAUCCCGUGAUGGGCCAGGAGGGCAAGACGCCGCCGGCGAGGGACCUCCCUAGCUCCGCUCGCUCCCGCCUCACCCGCCGCCGCCAGAUUCGGAAGACCUUCAAUAACCUCAAGAUCACCGUCCUCUGCGGCGUGGUCACCAUUCUCGUCCUCCGCGGUACCGUUGGCAUCGGAAGCCUCGUCGGAGCCGGAGGAGGCACCGACGCCUCCGAAGCCUCCGAACAGAAGGUCGUCGAGGACAUCGACCGCAUCCUCCGCGAGAUCCGCUCUGACUCCGAUCCUGACGAUGACGACCAGAUCCCGUUCGGAUUUAACUCCACGGCCGCCGUGCUCAACUAUACCUCCGCCGAAGAACUCGCCGCCUACGCCAACUACACCCUUGGCCCUAAGAUCUCCGACUGGGACGAGCAGCGGCGGCGGUGGCUGGAAGAAAACCCAGGGUUCCCGAACCGGGUCGAUAAUGGCAAGCCUCGGAUCUUACUCGUCACUGGAUCCCCGCCCAACCCCUGCGACAACGCCAUUGGUGAUCACUACCUCUUGAAAGGCACCAAGAACAAGAUCGAUUACUGCCGCAUCCACGGGAUCGAAAUCGUCUACAAUAUGGCGCACCUCGACCGGGAGCUCGCAGGGUACUGGGCGAAGCUCCCGCUGCUCCGUCGUCUGAUGCUUUCGCACCCGGAGUUGGAGUGGGUCUGGUGGAUGGACAGCGACGCUCUCUUUACGGACAUGGCCUUCGAGAUUCCUCUCGACCGCUAUUCUGCUCACAAUCUUGUUAUUCAUGGCUAUCCUGAUCUCCUCUUUGAGAAGCAUUCCUGGAUUGCCCUCAAUACCGGCAGCUUCCUGCUGCGCAAUUGCCAGUGGAGUCUCGAUUUGCUCGAUGCAUGGGCGCCGAUGGGGCCAAAAGGUCCGAUCCGAGACGAAGCAGGAAAGAUACUGACUGCCAACCUGCAAGGCCGGCCGGCCUUCGAGGCGGAUGAUCAAUCGGCGCUCAUCUACUUGCUGCUAUCACAACAGAAACGGUGGGGAGACAAGGUCUACAUUGAGAACUCCUAUUACCUUCAUGGAUUCUGGACUGGAUUGGUGGACAAGUAUGAAGAAAUGAUGGAGAAGUAUCAUCCAGGACUAGGAGACGAGAGGUGGCCAUUCGUCACUCACUUUGUUGGCUGCAAGCCUUGUGGUAGCUAUGGAGAUUACCCUGUGGAGAGAUGCUUGAAAAGCCUGGAGAGAGCUUUCAAUUUUGCAGAUAACCAAGUGCUUAGAAUGUAUGGGUUCUCCCAUGGAAACUUGACCACCCCCAAGAUUAAGAGAACUAUGAAGCAGUCAGAAAAACCAUUGGAAGUCUUGAACCAGCUUAAUCCUGAAGCUAGGAUAGAAACUAAAGGGUGAGAAAAGCCAUCAAUGAGACUAAUGGACUAUCAUUCUCUCAAAUCUCAGAUCCAUGGUGCUUUUUUGUUGUUCCAUUUGAUGUUUAGCUUCUUGUAGUGUAAGUUUCAGCCUUGGAUCAGAGUUCACUUCAUCUUAAGGUAAAUUGAAAUUUUAAUUUAAGUUGGCAUGAGGGAAGGAAGGUUUCUUUUGUAACACCUAAAGGUGUUUUAUUUUACAUCCUGUGUAAUGAUGAUGAACAUGUUUCAAUGACAAUUGUCCUCAAAACAUGAUUAUAACUUAA